UUUGGACGUUUCUUACCGACGGAGGACGACAACAUGGCGGUCUCCUUGCGUCUGGGUCGUCAAGGAGUACUAUUUGGACUCAAGUUGUCUAACUUGAACAAAUUUUCUUGGGCAACUCACCAUUGCCAGGGUCGUAUCAGGCACUUCUUUCAGUCACAAUGGCUGCUCGGUGUCAGCCCACUCAAAGUGGAAAUGCCAGCUCUCUCUCCGACUAUGGAGGAGGGAAACAUAGUCAAAUGGCUGAAGAAAGAAGGUGAGGCAGUGGUAGCAGGUGAUGCUCUUUGUGAGAUCGAGACCGACAAGGCUGUUGUGACCAUGGAAUCUAAUGAAGAUGGCAUCUUGGCAAAGAUAUUGAUGGAAGAGGGCAGUCGCAGCGUCCGCCUGGGCACCCUCAUCGCCGUCAUGGUGGAGGAAGGCCAGGACUGGAAGCAGGUUGAGAUCCCCUCUCCACAGUCUGCACCUCCGCCCGCAGCCCCGCAGGCUGUUCAUAAAGCAUCUGCCUCGGUUGUGGCUCCUCCACCAAAGCCGGUCACAUCAGGACCGUUACGUUUGAGUCCAGCAGCAAGACACAUUCUGGACACCCAUGGUAUUAACCCAAAAUUGGCCACAGCCACUGGAAAGAGAGGGCUCAUCACUAAGGAGGAUGCACUAAAUCUUUUAAAGAUUUCCCCUGCCAUGAAAGCCACCCCAGCCAUGGUCACACCUACUGCCCCAAGUCCUGCCCCAACUCCUGCCACGGCUCCUUCAGCAGCCCCUCCCCCUCCAGGCAGCAGACCUAACAUACCUCCUCUGUCUGUACCAGGGAAACCCGGAGCACCAGGAACUUUCACAGAGAUGCCAGCUUCUAAUGUACGCCGUGUGAUUGCCCAAAGACUGACCCAGUCCAAGACCACCAUCCCUCAUGCGUAUGCUUCCAUCGACUGUGACGUGGGUGCUGUCAUGCAGCUCCGCAAAGAUCUGGCCAAAGGUACAAAUGCUGGAAUCUUGAAGUGAGCAUGUGUGUACUAACUCAGUUCUUCACAUGCUUAUAGAAAUGCCAGAAGUGAAUGUGACCUGGUCCGGUGAUGGACCCCAUGCUCUGGAUUCUAUCCAUAUCUCAAUCGCUGUGGCAACAGACAAAGGCCUCAUCACUCCAAUCAUCAAGGAUGCUGCAACCAAAGGAGUGCAGGAGAUCUCAGCCAGCGCUAAGGCUCUGGCCCAGAAAGCUCGCGAUGGGAAGCUCCUACCUGAGGAGUACCAGGGAGGCUCUUUCAGUAUAUCCAACCUGGGAAUGUUUGGGAUCAGUGGCUUCAGUGCUGUGAUCAACCCCCCUCAGGCGUGCAUCCUCGCCAUUGGGACCUCCAGAACGGAGCUGCGAUUGACCGAGGACGCUCAGACCCUGCGCACGCAGCAGCUGAUGACAGUGACGCUGUCCAGCGAUGGUCGUUUAGUGGACGAUGAACUGGCCUCUCGCUUUCUCGAUAAAUUCCGUGCCAACUUAGAAAAACCGCAGCGCAUGGCCCUCGCCUGAAAAGGAAGAGAUAGUUUAGUGAGAUAAAUCUAAUUUAAACAAAACACCCACGUGACAAAGCCUGGCCCAUGUUUUCCCAAGCAGAGAGCUCCUAAACAGUAAAUGACCAUGUAUGCCUUGUGUAAGGCUUUAAGGUUGUAUUGUACAUAAUGUUAACUUAAGUUUGUGGGUUCUCUUUAACUGAUCCAAGCCAGGCUUUUUGUGGGGUUGGCUUCUGCUAGAAUGUUAGAGAGGGAUUGAUUCCAAAUAUUUACAGGACAGAAGUGGUUCAACAGGGUUAGUCCCAAACACAGCAGAAAGGAUGCUAACAUUCUUUUUGCUAACAUUGUAAAUAAAGUGAUUACUCUUUUGUCAGAUCCCACUUCAUCAACUUCAUGUCAACUUCAAGUAGUAAAACUGGAAACGGUGAAAACACCUGCUGUGCUUCUAACAGAUAUUUAUUACUUCGCAUCAGUGGGAAAGCAGUUUCCAUUACAGUUUAAUCCCAAAACCAGUCCUGUAUUUUGCUAAUGUUGAGAGUUUUAUCAUUAGCCACGUGUGUUAAUAGGUAUUGAUUUAUUUAAAACAGACGCCACUGCAAACAAGUCCUUUAAGUUUAAUUGUAAACAAAAUUUGUUUUGGUAUCUUCAGAUGCCAAUAAAACACCCUGUUCAACCUUCAA